CCCUUAAUCAUGAAAACCCCCCAGUUAUAAAAUACAUAGAUCAAAUCUAGCGCCUUUUUCGAGACCUGUAUAGCUGCCAAAUGCAACACAACCCUCUAGUUUUUCUCGAAGCUAGCACCCACUAAGACUGCUAGUAACUUGUUCUAACGAAGGUAGUUGUAAAUUCGAUGACAAAAAUCUGCAAGAAGCUUUCCGUACAGUAUCGUCGACAAGCAAGGGAAAAGUGGACAGUGAUUCAGCGCCUCGGAACUAUGGACGGAGGUCUUAAUGGUGGCAUAAGCAAAGUCCGAUGCGACAACCCAAGCGCCAAGGGCAUGGUUUUCAUUGAAAAGCGAUUCGACAAAAGAUUAUUCGAAUACGGCAUACCUUCUAAAGAAAUCCAGAUUCUUCAUCAGAUUCAGGACCAUGACUAUAUUACGAAGAUGGUAGACCAUUUCCGCGAUAAAUCUAUUCUAGAGGGGGCUGUAUACAUGGAGUAUUGCGACGUGGGAAGCAUGGCAGACGUGGCACAAGGGGUUGCCAAAGGGGCUUAUGUUAACGAACGCAAGAUUUGGCAUUGGUUCGACGAACUAGCUAGCGCGCUUACGUAUUGCCACCGUGGCCCACAGCCGGAGAUGAAUGACGAACAGAUCUUCCAAUCCGGUUGGAGCAGAAUCUACCAUAGAGACAUCAAGCCUGGCAAUAUCCUGCUAACAAUCGCGAACGGCCAGGUAGUAGCAAAACUUGCCGACUUUGGCUACGCAGUCACUGAAGAUAGCUUAGCAGCCUGCCCUAACCGAGAAGAAGCAAUAGUGCAACCAGGAGGAACACCUGGAUUCUUCGCUCCGGAGUUUCCAUUCUUCAGCGGUGCUUCCGAUAUCUGGCAACUAGGACUCAGUAUGAUCUGUGCAUGUACCGGUAUCAAAUCACCACGAAGCAAAGAGAAUCCUAAUGGUCAAAUGUGGAAUAAAGGACGACCGGCAGGCGCCAGGUACUCUGUUGAAUUAAGUGGCGUGAUCAAAAUGUGCCUGGAGGAACACUAUGCACGGCGUGUGCAAGCAUAUCCAUUGUUGGUUUUCAUCAAUAGUUGCUACCAAACGAUCAGGAACAAGCUCCCUAUCGAUAGAUGGCCGGCGAUGGUUUUCGAUAGGUCUGAGGAUCACGGCAAGGCGGUGUCACCACCGGAACAUCGCCGGCCGAGACACCAUUACACAGGAUUGGAAGGCGCUGUGAACCCCGCGUAUGGAGGCAACUAUCCCGGACCACAGUUGCGUGUACCCGGUGGUAUGAUGCCCUUCUAUGGAGCGGGAUAUCAUGGCGAUGGCAACGGGUGGUAAGGGAGAGGAGGAUGAACUGAUCCGGAAAUGCUUGGUACUUCAAAUGCGUGCGUUCUCGACGUCGCUAGGGUUCUCUCGGAGCACAGACAAGCAUUAAAACCACUACAGAAAUCCAGGUUGAGAACGUGAUAGGCGUUAAGAGUUAUGCCAGCCCCAGGAUUCUUCAAGUUGGGCAAUGGUAGCUGUCGGAGGAAAGCCAUGCGACCGUUCGCAGGCGUACCACAAAUCGCGAAGCUGCUCUUGAUCUUCACGAAGCGUAAAACGAUCACCAACUAAACUUGUUAGAUGUACUGCUGAGCA